GAGAGUGAUGGUGUAGAUUUGUUUAAUAAGAAUAAUGAAGAAUCUCAUGUAUUUUUACAAAUAUCUCUUUAAAUAUGGGAAAAUGUGAGAAUUUGCUAAUAUCAAUUACAGAAAUUGAAGAGCAUCAGAAUGAUAGAGCAAAGCUAUAUAUACAACAAAAAUUACGGAAAUAUUAAAAAAUGAAAUAUAUACAACAACGAUAUGUUUUGGGUUUUAUGGGUUUUCUUGCAUCUGUAAUAGCAUACACACUAAGAGUGUGCCUUAAUAUUGCCAUAACGAAGAUGGUUCUAUAUAGAGAAAAUGCACAUAUCGAUCCAGAUGCUUGUCCAGAUGAAGAUUCUAAUCAUCAAAUAUUAACUGAAGAAGUCCCAACAAAUUUAUAUCAUUGGGAUGAAACGACAAAAGGUAUCAUCCUUAGCUCUUUCUUUUGGGGAUAUGCAGUUAGCCAUAUUCCAGGAGGUUUGCUAGCUCAAAAAUUUGGAGGAAAAAAUUCUCUCGGACUGAGUAUACUCUGUUCGUCUGUUUUAACAUUGAUGACACCAUGGGUUAUAGUAACCACCAAUGGAAACUGGAUAAUACUGGUAGUAUGGAGAAGUAUAAUAGGAUUAGCACAGGGAGUAAUGCAUCCCGCACUUAACAAUUUAUUGUCAAAAUGGAUUCCGCUUUCAGAAAGAGCUAAAAUUGGUACUUUAGUUUUUGCUGGAGGACAAAUUGGAACGAUAUCGAGCAACCUUAUAAGUGGAACCUUAAUUAAUGCUACAGGAACUUGGACUUCUGUUUUUUACGUAUUUGGAGCAGCGGGAAUUAUAUGGCAUAUAUUUUGGCAGAUAUUUUGCUACUCGGAUCCAGUUAGUCACCCGUUUAUUACCAAAGAGGAAUUCAGUUACCUAAAAAGUGAAUUAGAAUCUAUAUCAGUAGAAUCGCACAGCAUUCCAUGGAGAUCUAUUUUCACCUCAGUACCCGUAUGGGCGCUGGUUAUUGCUCAAAUUGGCCACGACUGGGGCUUUUAUACGAUGAUAACAGAUCUACCAUCUUACAUGAGCGACGUGUUAAAGUUUAAUGUCAAAGACAACGGAAUUUGGAAUUCAGUACCAUACCUUGUUAUGUGGUUAUGUUCUAUGGGCUCCGGAUGGCUUUGCGACUGGUUAAUUUCCUCGAAACGUAUGACGGUGACUAAGGCCCGUAAAUUUUUUACCACAAUAGCUUCUCUGGGACCUGGCAUAUUUAUCAUGGCAGCUUCCUAUUCCGGUUGUCACCGAUAUUUUACUGUGACCAUGUUUACAAUGGCUAUGGGAUUUUUAGGAGCAUACUAUAGUAGCAAAAAAGUGAACGCUCUAGACUUAGCUCCGAAUUAUGCAGGAAUCCUAAUGGCAUUGGUUAAUGGAAUUGGUGCAAUUACUGGAAUAAUCGCACCCUAUUUGGCAGGAACCUUAACUGAAAACCACACACUGAAAGAAUGGAGAACAAUUUUCUGGAUUACAUUCUUUAUAUUUUUAAUCACCAACAUAAUAUUUUGCAUAUUUGGUAGUGGCGAAGAACAAGUUUGGAAUAACUUUGAUAACAAAAAUGUUAAAGAAAUACAUUCGACUGGCGAAGAUACAGCUUUUUUUAAUUUUAAAAGGAAAGAAAAAAAUACCAAUGUAUAAAAAUAAACAUCUUUGUUUACCAA